CAAACAUCUUGUUUCCGCCUGCGCUCCUCCCCCUCCCUCAUCAAAAAGCCGCGGCCAUCGGUCACGAUGUAGCCUCGCAACUGACCUUCUGGCAUUUCGUGUGACAUGUCCCAGCAGGCCCGUCAAGUGCCCACGCAUUCAUCAUCGCCGUCCAAACCCCCAUCGCGGCGGACCACAAGCGGCGGUGGUAGUGGUCUCCCUCCGUCUCAACCGCAACCGCCCACGGCGACUCCAAACGCCCGCAGCCUCUUGCCCUCUCCGCACUUUGAAGACGACCCCAUCGUCGCCUCUCAUCAACAGGCCAAGCUCAGACACCGACCGAGCCUCACCCUCAACAACCCCGAGUACUCGGAGCACGCCGUGGCCGAGUCGGAACACUACAGCCAUGGCCUGGCGUCCGCCGCGCAUCCGGGCGAGUUGUUGCCCAUCCCGUCCUUCCAGCCCUUCUUCACCUUGAUCGAAGACAGCGUCACUAACGAACACCAUCACCCCACGGUCCACUACAUCUUUGCGGACGAUGAUGCGGACCUCAUCACCGAGGCGGCGCUGAGGAGCCUCGAGGCCUUGGAUCCCACCCAGCGAGCGGAGCAGGGCGGUGCUACAUCGGGACGACAGGGGCGGCCCCUUUCACACGCGCAGCAGACCCAGCCACCUCGCAGUUCUCAGGACCCGAGCCUGCAUCACCAGGACGACAGCAUCAACGCACCCCGCCUUCCUCCCCCCGCGGCCGAUAUGCACGAGCACUACAUCAUCCUCGACGUGCACCCGCAGCCCCGCGCCCAGAACCCAGACGACGCGACCGCCGCAGGCGCAGCUUCUUCGGGCGGCGGCGGUGGCGGUCCGCUAGGCUAUAACUACGAGGUCACGUCCGCGCACAGUCUCAGCGCAGAAUGGCAGGUCUUGCGGACCAGCAUCUCGGCCGCGCCGACCAUUGGGGACGGGCCGAGUGAGGAAGGAGAAGGGUUGAUGCUGCGCAUCGAGGGUAGGGGAAACACCCCCGGCGACCUCGCGGCGGGCAAGGAGAGAGACAAGGCCGCCGCCGGAGACGCCGAGAGGGAGAGCCAGAGGGAGAGGGAGAGGGAGAGCAUGGAAGAGAUGAUUGAUCGGUUCCAGCGACGCCUCGAUGAUAUCAGAAUGGUCAUCGAGGCCGGGGGGAUCAGUGCGCCCGUCGGUGCUGCUGCGCUAGGUGGAGAGGAAUGAGGCAUCAGAGAGGAAGAAUGUGAGAGGUCGACCGAAAGGACAGAAGGACAGGGGCCUCGUCAUAGGAGGAGAGUCGACAUUGGAAAAACAACGCUCUUUCGGUCAAGACCAAAUCGACAGAAUACCCCCCACCAACCACGCACAUUCCCUUUGACCUUUGAGGUCUGAUCCGGCCAGCUGCUUGGAAAGGGGCUAUGUUAUCUAUCGACGACGGAGUUUCAAUGGCGCAGACAGGGCCCAAUCACAAUUAUUACCAUGACACACAGUGCUAGCAGGUGCGCCAGGCGUUGGGAGUCAUCUGGUUCCUUACUUAAUUACCUCCUUCCUUGCCUACUUACUUAACCAGCUCCGUCUUUGGUGUGGUUAGAUACCCACCUACCUAAGCAUCAUACAUAAUCCUGACCUUCGCCCUCGCACGCUGGGUUUCUGGGGGAGCUGGGAGCAGGGAGAAAGGGGGAGGACGAAGAUCAUAACACACGCAAUAACCGGGGCCAGCGCGGGAUUUUGAUCGUCUACCACAUCCACACUCACUUUCCAUACAAGCAUUCGCCCACAAGACGCUUGUGGUCGGGUCAGUCUGUGAGGGAUUUGGAACUUAGGGGCCUGUUUCUACUUCCACUUCCACUUCCACUUCUGCUGCUCCUCCCCGUUCAUUUCCUUCUUGUUUGGC